CCCGCGCAUGCUCAGUGUGUGGAGGGCGAGUGGGACGAGGGCAGGUCGCGGCGCCGGCGCAUGCUCAGUGUGUAGGUGAGCUGGUCCGGCCGCGGAGCUCGAGCAGCGAUGUGGUACGAGAUCCUCCCCGGCCUCAGCCUCAUGGCCGUGUGCCUGACCAUCCCCGGCUUUGCCACCCUCUACAUCCAUAGGUGGACGAACGGCGGCAAGGAAAAACGGACUGCACGUUUACCUUAUCACUGGAGUCUGUUGGAAAGAGACAGGAGAGUGUCUGACUGCAAAACCUACUUCAAAUCAAAGGGAUUAGAAAACAUCGACUGAUGGGCUUUUCUUCUUGAACAUCCAGUUUGUGACCAUAAAGGAGAAGCAUUACUAAAACAUGAAAUGUAAUCCAUGUUUCAUAAUGUAAAUUACAUAGUUUAACAUAAAAUGGAAGAUACAAUUUCCUUGUAUGUAGCUUGUGUUGUCUAUUACAGAUAAAUUUGGGAAGGCAAUAGAAAGUAGGGAGAAAUAAAUUAGUGAGUUUGAAGCCAGGAAAUGCUGAUUCUGGGCUAUCAAUAUAGUCAUUGAAAAGGUUUCUGUGUUGUAUCUCUCUCGUACCUAUCUUGUCCUUUUUAAUUAUUUUGGAGCUUGUAAAUUCUAUUGGCACAUAGCCAAAUAAAAUUAAACAGCACAAUAAGAGUAAGCACAGGGUAGUGAACCCCUGUAUGGAGAAAUUUCAGCAAUAAAUUUCAAACCAUGUAAUGAUAUCAACAAUUCCAUUAUGCAAUGACUGUAAUCCUCAUUUGUAUGAUCAUGGUUUAGUAAACCAAUGAAACUAGUUUGUCCUCUUGCUGGUAUCUAUAUUGAUGUCUUCAGAAGUUGUUAAAUAUGUUGAAGAGUUUUGAGAGAAA